CCCUACGCCAGUGUUGUCUCAAUCGGCCCAACUUUCGGCCCCCCUUCCGCCCCCACCCCCUUUUGGACAUUUCUGGAUCCGCUCCUGAAAAAUCAUUGUUGUUUUUGCAGGAUUUUGAUGCCCAAAAAGUUGAAGAGGUGAUUGCUUUUAUGAAAAAAAAAUGUGAUAAGAAUAAAGACGGCAAGUUCCAGAAGGACGAACUUAUGGCGUUUCUUUCCCUCGGUUCCGAGUAGUUUUUUCUUUUUUUUUUACUUUUUUGAGUUGACUCAAUCCUGGCAAAGGCCUAAUUACGGUCAUAGUUAGUUGUACAUUUAAGUUAACCGUUAGAGUGUAUUUAUAACAUUUAACGGCUUUACUUAUGCCUAAUUUGAAUUAACGUAUUAAAUUUCUUCUUAAUGAAUGCGGUUUUAAGCUCGACAAUGCGUAAGUUACUUGCAAUUUGGAAAAUUAUAUUUCAAAUAUUGUUAUCUGAAUUUAAGAGUAUAGGUUGUGUCGAAUUUUAUAAUAUAAAAACCAUAUAUAAAAACAAUAUAAUUGGUAAAAUGACAAGCUUGUAAAAAGUUAUUUGAAUGUAAGCCAAAUUCAAUUAAGUGUAUUUUCAUUUGGAAAGUAUAUAAAGGAGCUUUUGAUUGGGUAACGACAAUGCAUGCUCAAACGUCGUCCCAAAUCGAAAGUUUCCAGUUUUCACAAGACGUGUUUCAGUUACGCAUGUGCGUGUACUCUAAUUAGGGAACUAGUUGUAAACUUACCGGUACAGAAUUUUAUUAUUGGUCUAAAAGUUAAAACAUAAUUGGUCAAAUUAUAAAAGUUAGACCUAUAUGAUAUGAUAUUGUAUUGUUUUGAAUACAGCUAGAACUUUCAUCCAUUGUAAUGGAAUGGACCUUUCCGAAGUGUCAAUCAAAUUAGUAAGACCAGUCAGAACAGGGACAAUAAUACGCGCGCGUCUUACAAACACACGUGUUGUUCCAACAGACGCAACCAAGGGGCGGGGCUUAGCGGAUCGGACGGUCCUUUGCCAGCAGACUAUUAUAUACUAUUUUAUUAUUAUUAUAUUAGACUAUUAUAUUAUUAUUAUGUUGUUCCAAUUUACAAUUAAUUUUGGAAUCAAAGUGGAGGGUUCAUAUGAUAUGGUCAACUAAGGUGGUUGCAUGUUAUUGACUUCACCAAAUUCUUACAUACAAUAACAUCCAAUCAGAAUUAGGAAUUCGUUUAAAACUGGUGUAACAAUAGUCACUAAAACUUAAAUCUGCGUGUCCCCCAGACCCAGUUGUUUUUAUCAAUGCAAGUAAUAUUUUUGAAGGAUGUGUUUGAAGAAUUUAAUAAACAAUGACUUCUCUGAAACAGGUUUUGGUUAAUGUUGAAUAAAAUUUUAUUAUACGAUUAAAAUAGAUUGCCUAAGUGUGUUAUUCAUAUAUAAAUUGUUAAAUCGCUACAUCAAUAUCAUAACAGACAAUAAUUCAAUAUAACCAAGGUGAUGAUGAUGAUGAUGAUGAUGAUGAUGAUACAAUUUAUUCCCUCCGGAGCUUGGCUUUGAAGUAUAAUGUCCCUAAUGCACUCAAUGGGUUUUGGGGUGGAACAAUCGGAUAAGCGUACACGUCACAUACUCUAUAGUGUGCUCUUCAACGAACACAAGACAUCCUUCGAGAAGGGUGGGGUAUAUCAACUCGGUUUUUUGGUUAUGAUCCCCUGUCGCAGAUUUGAUGAAACCCCCUGGGAUGCACAUGAUAUGAUGGGACCCUUUGAGUAGCAAGCUAUAUAGAUAUAGAUAGAUAUUUACUUGACAAAUAAACGAGAUGCAAUCAUGAUAAUAGGUCUACAUACUAGACCUACUAAUUGAAUUUAUAUAAAUGACUUUGUAUUUGGUAUAACUGUACUGGGUGGGGGUGGGGUGGGGAUGUAAAGCAUAGUAUACCACAUCUUUUAGCUUGAGUAUGUUUAUUUCUCAUGUGAUAUCUGAAAUAUUAUUGGAUAUCAAAACACACUCCAUUGUCGAACAGCUUUCGGGUAAUUAGGUUGUGAUUGAAAUUAUUGUAGGUGACGUUUAUAGAGUUCGCUUCAUUUUGCCUUCGCUGACUGGCUAAUGAUGGAUCAAUCGUUCACGUUUCUCGCCUCAACUUUCCGCUUUCUGAAGGUCGCCCGCCUGCUUUCCUGCUGUCAACAUCAUUUAGCCCCGCUUCAUUAUCAACUAUGGUCAUUUGAACAAUAUUAUUUGCCUUGGUUAGAGUUGUAGGUCGACUUGCUUGUCGAAUAUCUUGAAGUGAAUAAACGUCGAAGUGCGGAAUUAUACAAAGACGCUUCAAAUUGUAUUUUAAUCAUCUACCACCAUAAUACCUAAAAAGAGCAGAUGAUAAGAAACACCAAUUUAUUCGAAGACCGAUUGAAUGAUUGCCUUAUCGGAUUGACUGAUGGCGUAUACUGCAAUUGUUCACCAAAGGAUUAAAUACCGAUUGAUUCACAAGUGAGUAGUCCUACAUGUGGAUAUCAUUUGCGCAUUUUUAUCAGAUUAAAGCUAUUGAAAUGACAUUUCAGUUAUGAUUUACGCGUUAUUAAGCUUCGUCUACUUUUCAUUCCAGCGCUCAUUCGUGAAAGUAAACGAGUGCCAUUAGCCUAAACUAAGUCGGGCUUGUUAGACCAUUGGUAUAUUUCUCGUUUUGCACGGAGGCAUUUGCUUCUUAACAUUACUGAAGAUGUCACAACUUCUCUCCAGAAUUUCCCCUGCAGCAACAAACGCGCAACUAAUAGUCAGUGCUAUGGCAUAUGCUCACGGGGUGAAGCAUGGUCCAGAUAAUGAGAGAGCGGUCCUCUCUACUGGUAUAGACCAGUACAUCCAGCAAGUAUUUCAUCAUCUUGAUUCUGAUAAUAUAGGUGUCAUUGAAAAGGACGAUUUCUGUAUUUUGUGUGAAAUAUUAAACGUUAAAGACCAAACUAUCAUCGAAAAUCUUCCCGCUGAAAUUGAUUCCAAGGAGUUUCACGAACGCUUAGUGCAGCAUUUUAUGUCGAAUCUGCACGUGAAUGAAUUGUUGCAAAAUAAGCAUAUGCAGAAGCAAAGUUCUAAACUUCUUAACGUUGAUGUUGACAUUGCAGAUGUUAGUGUUAAAACUAUAGGCCUAUGUUCCCAGUGUUACCAAGCAGAACCUGUGUCGGACAUAUUCCAAGCGUUCUCGUACAACUAUAAACAUGACCGAAAUGAUGAGACUCUUCCAAAUAAUUGCUCGCGUUUACAUUUAAUGUGUGAUGACAAAUUACAAGAACAAUGCAACCACAUGAAUAUGCAAAAUGAGGCACUUAAAGAGGUAGUGGAAGAUAUGCGUUUUGCUCUACAGACAAGCAAUGCCCGAGCUAUUGCCCAACAGGUAAAAUUGUCGAAAUUGCGCCAAGACAUGUUUCUUUCUGAAGGACAAACUUCUUGGCGCAGUUCUGAGAAGGAUGUUCAGCGUAGAUUUGGAAGUGGAACGUGUUCAGGAUUAUGUAAGGAGCCAGAGCAGUUAAGACUAUGCCACGAAAAAUAUAUAGUAUACUCGAAAGGGUUAGCCUCGGAUCUAGUUCGUGCUCAACGGGAACGGGAAGAAACAGAAAAAAACCGACAAGCGUUGUUGGCCAGCCAGUGGACAGUGCGUCACCAGCUACAAAACACGCGAGACGCAUUGCAUACAGCCCUGUUGCAAGUUAAGAAUCUAGAAAAGAGGCUAAGAACAAACGUCAGGUCAAUUUCGGUUCAAACUUGCUGGGACUUCGAUGCCAUGGAAACUGGUAUUACGUCACACGAAAAUCGUUCAUCAACUCCAGGCGGCUCAUUCGAGGAUAGUAUGAACUGUGGGAAAAUUUGUUUUUUACGUCAUAGUGGUGAUAUGGCUAUGGAUAGGUCCGUUGAAGGAAAAUCCGAUUCUGACGAAGAGUCGAUGAAGGAGUGGACAAUGAAAUCAACAAAAACGCAAAACGAGCAGACGAUUGAACAGUUGAAGCAAAAAGUGUUGGAAUCAGAAGAGAAGUGCAUCAAAAUCGAACAGAAAUACAAGAAAAUGGAAAGGGAUUUGCUUACCGAAAUGGACCGUCGCCUACAGGAGAUGGAAGACACGCAUCAGGAAUUACAGAAUCUACAAACGGAACGACUGCGACAGAAUAUUAUCGAGAAUACGUUGUCACAGAUAAUACAAAUACUUCGGGGUAUUAAAAAACUGGGUUUAGCAAGACGUCUUGUGGGUAGAAUUACUUUAGAUGCUGUUGAUACGUGUCCAGCUUCCGACCCACCAGAUGAAGAAGCUGACGUGAGGAAUUUCGUUCACACGUACCACAAAAAACUUCAGAAAGUCGAAUUCUUGCCAGAGAUUAAAGAAGACUAUACGCACCGCAUCUGUCCAGUAAAUUUACUUAACACACAGAAAAAUCUUAAGACCCGUCCAUGGUCAACCAACAAGACCACGCCGACUAAAGCUGUACAAAUACAUACACAUUUCUACACAUUCAGUCCCAAAGGACAACGAUCUGUUCAAGUUUAGAUACUCUCUUUUUGGCUCAUGAGUUGCACAUCUCCAGAGGGCAGUGUUGUUCCAAGUUGUACAUUCCAUACAUACAAUGUAUACGUAACAAUGUAAAUGUCAGUUAAUUGUACGCAUGUAAAUUAGCAAUGUGUUUGUAGAUGUUAUUAAAAUACUUUCUAAGUUAUUGUCAGAAAACAUAAAAAGAAUUGGAUUUAUAUAGUGCCAUACGCUGGUAAUAGCAUCAAAGUGUAUAGAAUAUAAAAUAUUACUAGUGACAACAAAAAGAACCACACAUUAAAUCCACCUUUCCUGCAACCCUUUUAUUUCUGUACACAUUUAUACAACACUGAUAUUUUGUAAGAACCUUAAAUUUUCUAUAAACAUAGAAUUAAAAGUUGUCAUUUAUAUA